AUGUCAAAGACUUCGGGAAGAUCCUUCGUGACGGCGACCGCCCUCUUCGUCGUCGUGCUCACACUCAUACAGCGAGCCUCAGCUGCCGGAUGCUCCCCCGGGUAUUACCUCCUUGGCGGUACCUGGUGCUUGAGCUGCCCAGCGGGCACUUACAACGAUGGGAACGCCGCAUCCUGCUCAGUAUGCCCCGCAAACAGUUACAGCGCGGCCAGGGCACCGAGCUGCACAGCCUGUCCCUCCGGCUCGAUCAGCACCCCCGGCAGCACUUCCGGCUGCCCGUCCUGCCCAGUCAACACCUACUCCGGCCCUCUCGCGACGUCGUGCACGGCAUGCCCCGGCCAGCAAGUCAGCGACGCGGGGUCCUCCUCUUGCCACGCCUGCGCUUCCGGGACCCAUUACGACUCUGGCGCUUGCGUCGUCGACGCCGUCACCUGCACCCCGGGCCAGUUCGUGAACAACAACAUCGGCGACGGGGCGACCCAGUGCGAGGAGUGCCCGGCGGGCCAGUUCUCGUGGGAGGGCGCAUCCGCAUGCUGCUCCUGCUGCUCCGGGUUCUACUCCGACCAUCCCGGCGCGAGCAGCUGCACGCAGUGCGCCACGGCCGGCGCAUACUCCGUCGUCGGGGCGACCUCCGCGUCGGCGUGCUCCUCCUACUAUCUCGGCGGCCAGCUCUCCUGCCCCAGCUCCGGGCCUACCUGCCCUGACGUCGGCGGCGCGAACCCCUCCAGCCUCGCUCACCAAGCCCCCGUCCGACGCCGGGCAGCGUGUGCCCUCGGACAGCGAAGCUGCCCGGUCUACGGCGUCUCCGCGAACGGGCACGGGUACGUCCGUGGGAGCGAGUGCGUCGACGUCCGGACGGACCUGGAGAGCUGCGGCGGGUGUGUCGCGGACGACUCGCCGCUCGGCGCGCGUAACGCGGAUGGGGGGCGCGACUGCAGCGCGAUCCCGGACACGGGGCGGGUGGCGUGCCGUGGGGGUGCGUGUGUUAUCGAAUCGUGCGCGUCCGGCUUCGCGCUCUCCGAAGACGGGGAGGCGUGCGUCGCCUCCAAGGCGUCCGGCGCGCUCCAUGUGCAGCGUCGAGCCGCGGGCCACCGUGCUCGACGCUCCGCUAUGAGCCUUUGA